CCCACAUCCGAGCCAGCGGCCGCUCAGACUAGCCGCGCCGGCACCGAAGGGGACGAGGGAAAGCAGCCUAGCCGCCCGUGUGGGGGGCAGCGACGACCCCGCCCCACCCCUUCGGCCAGCUCCGCUCGAGCGGUGGUGGUGCCGAGGCAGCCCGGGCUCGCCUCCCUUUUAGCUCGCCAACUCGGUUUCUCGGCCGGCCGGCAGGAGCCAAGCGGCGCCAUGGGCUGCACGGUGAGCGCCGAAGACAAAGCGGCCGCCGAGCGUUCCAAGAUGAUCGAUAAGAACCUGCGGGAGGACGGCGAGAAGGCGGCGCGGGAGGUGAAGCUGCUCCUCCUCGGUGCAGGAGAAUCUGGGAAGAGCACAAUUGUAAAACAGAUGAAGAUUAUCCAUGAAGAUGGAUAUUCAGAAGACGAAUGCCGACAAUACAAAGCAGUGGUUUACAGCAACACCAUCCAAUCCAUCAUGGCUAUAAUCAAAGCCAUGGGCAACCUGCAGAUUGACUUUGGGGAUCCUUCUAGAGCAGAUGAUGCUCGUCAGUUGUUUGCACUCUCUUGCACUGCAGAGGAGCAGGGAAUCAUGCCAGAGGACUUAUCCAAUGUGAUUCGGAGGCUGUGGUCAGACAAUGGAGUCCAGGCCUGCUUUAAUCGUGCCCGGGAGUAUCAGCUGAAUGACUCUGCAGCUUACUACCUGAAUGACUUGGAGAGGAUAGGCAGAAUGGAUUAUAUUCCAACCCAGCAAGAUGUGCUGAGAACCAGAGUGAAGACUACAGGCAUUGUAGAGACUCAUUUUACCUUCAAGGACUUGCAUUUCAAGGGCCAACAAAUAUGAUGAAGCUGCAGGCUAUAUUCAGAGCAAGUUUGAGGAGUUGAACAAGAGAAGGGACACCAAGGAGAUCUACCCCCACUUCACUUGUGCCACUGAUACCAAGAAUGUGCAGUUUGUCUUUGAUGCUGUCACCGAUGUCAUCAUCAAAAACAACCUGAAGGACUGUGGGCUCUUUUAGCUCUUCAGAUGGCAUCUACUGAGGAAGAUAGAAAGGAUACUUGAACUGCUCCAUAUGAGGAAGAGGCUGGUGUUGAUGAAGGGAGGACUGCAUCAUUUAACAACUUUUGCUUCUUAAGUUUUGUUCCAUUCCUUUAAAUAUUCCUAAUGAUGAGACUUUGGCAAUUCUUCCUGUCCAAAGGACAGGACCCAUUGUUUCCCCUGCUCUGUGCUGUCUAGGUGCCUCCUGCAGGCUGUUUGUCUUCUCCCUAUGCCCACAAAGCCUUACUAAAGUACCAAUGAUUGGUUUACUUGCCAUAGUUGUAACAUUUCCAUAUAUGCCCCUUUCUUCUCUUUCUUUAAAUGAAAACCAGAUGGUAGCAAGUGAGAGGGCUUUGGAUAUGUUUGCCAUGAUCUUUACCUUCUUUUUUAAGAGACAAGGUGGGUUUUCGGGGCGUUUCCCCCCCUUUUUGCUUUAUUUUUGUCCAAGCAACUUUCUGUCUGGCCCUGCCAAAAAAGCAUUCUACAGUCCAUUUGGUUUUUUUUCAACCUUCCAUCAAGUGGAGCUCUUGCCAUGGAGCAAGUUUUUUAGCUCCUACCUCUGUAAUUUGCACAGACCAGCAAAAAAAACAAAAACCAAACACAUUCCUUAAGAAUCAAUUUGUGCAGGAAAAGCUGGUCUAUUGUUUUAUAAGAAACGCUUUUUAAAAAAAACCGUAUUUAAAAUGUCCAGUAGUAAAUGGUCGAGUUGCCCAGUAUGAGCUCAUCUUCUCUAGUAAAUUUGUGCCUUGAGGGUGUCUGUAUGUUUACAUCUGUUCCUUAGUUUGCUUCAACGUGCAUUGUGCUUAGAAUAGAAUAACAGUGGGUUCUUUCCCCUGUUUUCCAGCCCUUCUCUCCCUUUUUUGCUGUGGACCAGGGCAAGCUUUUUAUGAGGGGGCAGUGCCCGUGCAUUAAAACGUGUUUCUUCCUGGCCACAGAAUUAGGCUCCUAAGGGCUAAGAUUCCACUAAGCAAUGUCAAACUUCUUUCCAUUCCUUUGUGCCCCACCCCAGGGCCUGAGGGUGCAGCUGAGAUUGCUGUAUAAAGUCAGGUCUAUUUUCAUGUCUUUUUCUUAGCUCUAACUGUAGUGUCAGCUGAAGAAACGCUGCUGUAUGUAAAGCGGUCCUGCCUGCUGUGCAAUUGAACGGCACUGGGCCAUUAGUAACCGUCAGACGCAGCCUAGCUUUUAUCACGUUUUACCAAAUUGUUCACAUGGUUUGAAAUAAUAAAAAGUAGAAAGAAAGCCUG